AGUAUAUAGACUCCACCCCGACGUCGAAGCGCUGUUCUCCCUGUAUUGUAUCGGGUUUCCUUGCUCAGAAGAGAUUUGCAAAGAUGGCUCUGGUCGCAAACGGCAGCAGCAUACAGUUGCUCUCCUCCUCUGUGUCAUCCACAACAAAGAAUUUCAAGGCAGUGGCACUGAGGAGUAAUGUGAGGGGUGUGUCAACAAGGAGGCAAUUGAGGAGCGUUAGGAUGGAGAGCGUUCCCACAGGACUGGGAGGCACUGAAGUGCCAUUGGGAGGGAUAACCGGCAGUGUACCAUUGGAGCAGGAUCCACAAGCUCCAGUCGGGAAGAGAAUUGCUUACAUCUGUCAAGACUGUGGGUAUGUCUACGACCAGGAGACGCUAUUCCAAGAUCAGCCAGAUAGCUACAAUUGCCCAGUUUGCUCCGCACCCAAGAACAGAUUCAAGCAGGAGAACGCUUUCGUCGAGGACGUUCUUGAUGUCACCAAGGAAGACAAUUGAGCUAGUGUAUAGAUCCACUUAUAAAGAAUAGAAUUUGUAUGAGUUUCUCUA